AUGGAUUCAAUUGAUCAAACACCCAUUUCUUCUCAACAAACAACUGCAACUACUAGCGUUGUCUCAACCCCCAUCUACAGGGAACCCCAUAUUCUUGACCGUGAACCUCACAUCUAUCUUGCAACACCUUUUGAAAAGCUUGAGGUACUGUGUGAAUCGCUAGUGGAUUUCGAAAAUAUGAAGAGAAAUGGCGUCGACCUCACUAAGGAGUUAAGAAUGCAAGGGUGGGAAACCUACUUUCAGAGACUCUACGACCCCGUGUACACGUAUCUGGUGAAGGAGUUCUGGAGUUUCACAUACUCAUAUGAUCACUAUAUCGUCUCUGACGUUUUGGGAUUCAAAAUAGUCAUCACUGAAAAAUCAAUAGCCUCCCUUCUGAAUAUGGAAAAGACAGGAGGAAGAAGAAUCUACAACAUUAAUCCUAGGUCAAAGUAUUUGUCCCAGGAAAUAGCCCCCACCAUCUUUCAACAGAACGCUAAGGGAAAACAAUCUAAAAACAAAGAACUGCAUCAGAAUCUCCGCUUCUGGCUGAAUAUCAUCCUGGGCACCAUCCAUCACCAUCCUGCAUCCAACUCUUCUGACUACAUCAACACAUAUCAGAAGUGCAUUCUUUACUGCAUCCACAAGGGGCUGAAACUGAAUCUGCCAGCACUGCUCUUCAAGUAUCUUAGAGACUCUGUCAAAGAUACCAGAAAUAACAUGAAGACCAGAAACUACAUUCCUCUCGGAAGAAUUAUCUCGGAUGUUCUGAUCGAGAGUGGUUUAGUGGAUCAUCUGAUCCAUCACAAUCUGAUGGAGGAUGUCACUGUUGACAUUGGAAGACCUCUGAAUGCUCGAAAUCUAAAAAGUAUCGGGAUAAUUGAGCAGGUCAGAGCUAAACCAACUCUAGACACUUCCUGGGAAGCACUAAAGGACCAAAGGAAGAUUCCCAACGGUCUCUAUCUGUUCUCCAAGAUUGACCCUCCAAAAGUGGUAGUUCACUAUCUGCAAGAUCUUACAAACCAAGGGGUGGAUAUUUCUGAGUUCUCAGUGGACUGGCUACCUGAGCAUCCACCAAACUUCAUGAAGAGGAUGCGAGAGCCCUCUGAGAAGUCAAAGAAGGCAAAGAAGGCAAAGCUGGGAGAAACUUCUGGGUCAAGACCUCCAGUCCCUCUGGCUGAUUCUCGAACUGAAGCUGUUGCUGAAGCUGAGGCAAAAGCAAAAGCUGAAGCUGAAGAAGCAGCACACGUUGUUGCAGAGGAAGCUACCAAGGCAACCUUCAAACUGAAAGGCCUCUCUGAACAAGUUCGCAAGGACUUCAUCAGAGAUGUUGGAAUUAGGCUACAUGCUCGCUUGGCUAGAGAGGCUGAGGAAAAGGCCAGGAAGGAAGGAGAAGAGAAAUAUCUCCUAGAAGAAGAGCAAAGGAUCAGAGAAGCUGAAGAAAAGGGUGUUGCUGAAGCUGCUGCUGAGGCUGAGGCAAAAGCAAAAGCUGAAGCUGAAGAAGCAGCACACAUUGCUGCAGAGGAAGCUGCCAAGGCAAGUGCUGACGCUUUGACUCAGUGGGAGAAAUUUACCUCCGUGAGGACCAAAGGAAAGGACAACACAAUUUCUUUUAGAGAUCUUGCUUAUGAGCCCGAUGUUGUGGUUGUUGAUGAUGUCGAGACAACAACUCAGAAGGUGGAUGGUCAAAAUGACAUGCAGUUGGUGGCUGAGACAAAUGUGACCCAUCAUACUAAGACGGAGGCUCUAACUGAUAUGGUGGUGACUCCUCAGGGUGAUACAGAGGUGAUGGAAGGUCAUGCAAUGGAGGUAGAAUUCCAUGGAUAUUGUGUGAAUGGUUACUUAGAGUGCUAUCUUACUAUAUCACACCCUCGCAUCAUCCCACCCGUUGAGCAUGCAUAUGACAUUGAACCUUCUGAUGUCGGGGGAGCUUCUGAUAACUUGCCCAACCUCCACUUGGUAUGA